AUGGCUUUAUUCUUCGCUAUACCCAGAUUGAUUCGUCACGGUCGCAAUACAUACGACCCGACAGCCAAUGUUCUAUCCAGUAGCCUAAACACUGGCGUCAAUUAUGGAGAUGGCCUCGUCGUUGGUUUUGACAGAGUGUAUCUUGACAAGUUGAAACUAGGCGACACUACCCAAGGAGACCAGAUGGUAUUUAGAGCCUCAUCUAUUGUGGGUCAAAGUGGUAUAGCCCGGAGCAUUCUUAUGGAAGGUAUAUUUGCAUUGAAGCCUCGCUAUGAUGCAGAUUCAAACUGUCAUACCGUUUGGGCGAAACUAGCAACCGAUCUGCCCGAGCCUGUUUUCGUGGCCAAUUUGAGGUUCAACGACAGAGGCAAAUACGUUUUCGGCAAAAUCCCUUACGAAAAAAAGGACGUAAAGUUUUGGGAAGAUGAUAUUGAGAAAGAUUUUUGGAGACUUCCAGUUACAUCAUAUUCAAUCGGCGGAAUCGAGAACGGCAGAGAAGAAGCAGCAAAAAAGACAGAUUUCAAGGCCAUAGUCGACACUGGUGCCAGCUCCCUUCAUCUUCCAUCUGACAUUGUACAGAAUUACUAUGCCAAAGUACCAGGUCAUAUUCAACAAAGUGGACAGCAUCUUGUUCCAUCCGGCCAGGUGCUUCCGGAUCUCGUCCUCUACAUUGGUGAAGAAUCUUAUCCAGUUAGAAUUCCAGGGAAAUUCCUCCAACCUCAAAGACCUGUCAACGAGCUUUUCUGUCUGGGUAGGCUCGAGGAGAGUACGAAUCCUCACGGCCAUAUCUUAGGUCACCAAUUCUUUUUUGCUCAAAAUGUCAUUUUCAAAGGUAUUGAUGUCCUUUCUGUGGGCCUGGUGAAGAAAGGCGCCGAGGAAUGUUAUUAA